AUGGAGAGUUCCGACGAAGAAUCACCGGUGGUGGAAUCAACGACGUCGAGCAGCGAGCUCGCUCGAUUGGUAAAAUCGGGUUUUCGUUUUAGCUUAAAUGAAAUAGGGACACGAAGACUAGAGAGGGAGAUAGGAGAUUAUAAUUUUGGUAAAGGGGACUUUUCGGGUGAUUUCUCCCCGAUCUCACUCAAAAACCUCUAUUACCUCGACGCUAGCGAUAACCGGAUCUCGGGUCGGAUCCCAUCAACGUUACCGGAGUCUCUAGUCCAAAUCUCGAUGCGAAACAACUUCAUCCGAGGAACCAUCCCUCAAAGCUUCAAACUUUUAAGCUCUCUCCAAGUGAUUGAUCUUGCCCACAACAAACUCAGCGGCUCAAUCCCAUCUUUCAUCUUCACUCAUCAGUCUCUACAGCAGCUAACACUCUCCUUCAAUGGCUUCACUUCUUUAGACUCACCUUACUAUUCCCCCUUGAGUCUCCCCAGCGAGCUUACAUCAAUCGAUCUCAACAACAACCGGAUCCAAGGCGUGUUACCUCUGUUCUUGGGUUUAUCACCAAAGCUCUCAGCUUUGUCCUUAGAGAACAACAACUUCUUUGGUAUGAUUCCGACACAAUACGUCUUGAAAACCGUAUCGUCCGGAUCCGAAUUCGCCCGGUUUCAGAGACUCUUGCGAGGGCACCCAAUUAUACCGGACCGGCACUACAGUACUGGGUCCUUUGAUGGCUCUGAAGCCUGGCUCAGCGAACUUGCAGCUCACCGGAAACUGCUUCUCGUGGUGUCCGGCGACUUUGUUCUUCUGCCAAGGGGAAGAGCAGAGGUCUCCUAAUGAAUGCAGAAAGUUUAGCCGUGUUAUUCCAUGAUUCUUCUCAUUUCUUGUUUUAUCCCGGUCCGGUCGAGUUGGCCUUCCUAUAACUUGGUAAAGUUUCCAAAACCUGAAUUUUCUAUUUUUGUACCGUUUGCACAACGAUAGAAAUAUUCCUUUAAAAAUAUUUAUUGUA